AUGAAAGCAUUAUCUGCAGAAUAUGAGCAAGUUUCAUUGAAAGAUAAACGUAAACCUCACGAAGGUAUUGUCAAAACUCUUAAUAGCCUUAAAGGACGUGCUCUACGGUAUAUCUAUGAAUCAUCCUACAAAAUUAGAGAUGAAGAAUUACAGUAUAUUUUACCAGCACUACAAACCAUAAAUAUGAUAACACAUAUCGACCUUAGAAUUUCAGAUCAAGGAGCAACAUUAAUCGGUGAAUUUUUGAAGAAUGAUGGAUAUACACAAAUAUUAAAUUUACAAGGAAACAAUAUAAAUCGAAGAGGCGCACAGGCAAUUGCUAAUGCAUUAAAGGCAAAUACAUUUCUCACAAGCAUCUCGUUAGCAGACAAUAGCAUCGGAGAAGGGGGUGGAAUGGCCUUUGCAGAAAUGCUACAAGUUAACGUAACGUUAGAACAUUUGAAUUUAUCAAAUUCUGACUUGGAAACGGAUAGUUUAAUUGCGUUAUUAACAAUAUUAAGAUAUAAUCCAAGCCUAAAAUCGAUCGAUAUUAGUCGACCAAUACCACUGUUUCAUCAUACAAACUGGAUGGACGAUGUCGCUAUUCAUAUCGCACAAAUGCUGGAGAAAAAUGAUGUUUUACAAGAGUUACAUCUACAAAAAUUUGAAAUAAGAGACUAUGGCUUUCAAUGGAUAUGUGAAAAAAUGCAACACAAUCAUUCACUUGUUUAUCUCGAUUUGAGCUGGUUCGUAGAGCCUCUUUAA